AUUUAUUUGUUUGCUAGAAUCAAUAUUCUCUCAAAAAUAUCGUCGCCUCUUUUUUUUUUUCCUUCUACACCAAACUAAAAACAUCCGAAACACCAUGGACUUCUCCCUGUAACUUCCCCAUGGACUCAUUCUUUUAGAUCUUCAAACCCUAAAUUUUCUCUUCUUUUCUUUUUUUUAUCUCAAAUAUUCUCGACAUUUCCCUCAGGAUUCUCUCUCAUUUUACGUUUAUCGGAGCUUCAUUUUGAUUUUGAUUUUCGUUUUCAUUUCAUUCGAUUUUUUUUUCAUUCAUCGAACUCUUCUUCUUCGUUUUCUUUGCUUAACGAAGAACUGUAAUCUCUGGUUCUCCGUUCUUCGCAUAUUGUGCUAUUUUGCGUUGUGAGUCACCUAUUGCUGGUUGCGAUCUGUUUUCAGUGCUAAUUUUACCGGCAUUUCGUAAUCUGGAUUUUUAGAGGAGCAGUUUCUCAUUGUUUUGCGUGUCUAGGUUUUUGUUUUCAGUGGUGGAUUUUGAAGGAGCUGUGCUGCUUAGGGUUUGUGAAAUGGUAAACUGGAUAUAAAAGUUUUUAGAAAUUAAAUACAAGGAAAUGGACGACAGAGGAGGGUCCUUUGUCGCUGUCAGGAGGAUUUCUCAAGGUCUCGAACGUGGCAGUAACACCUGCCAUUCAACUUCUGCUGAGGUUGUGGCAGGAUCAGCAGCGUGGCUUGGUCGUGGUCUUUCUUGUGUGUGUGCACAGAGAAGAGAUAGUGAAGCUCGUCCUUCAUUUGAUUUAACCCCUGCUCAGGAGGAAUGCUUGCAGCAGCUACAAAGUCGUAUAGAUGUCGCUUAUGAUAGUUCAAUUUCUGAGCAUCAGGAAGCUUUGAGGGCUUUGUGGAAUGCUGCCUUUCCUGAAGAAGAACUUCGUGGUUUGAUAUCUGAGCAGUGGAAGGAAAUGGGUUGGCAAGGAAAGGACCCAUCAACAGAUUUUAGGGGUGGUGGUUUUAUAUCAUUGGAGAACCUGUUGUUCUUUGCUAAAAGAUUUCCAGCAUCCUUUCAGGAUCUCCUUCAAAAGCGAGAAGGUGAUCGUUCCGUUUGGGAGUACCCAUUUGCUGUAGCUGGUGUAAACAUCACGUUUAUGCUCAUUCAGAUGCUUGAUCUUGAAGCAGUCAAGCCACGAGCCAUGGUGGGAGCAGUCUUCUUGAAGCUCCUGACAGAGAAUGAAUCAGCAUUUGAUCUUCUCUACUGCAUCACAUUCAAGCUAAUGGAUCAUCAAUGGCUUAGCAUGCAUGCAUCAUAUAUGGACUUCAAUACCGUUAUGAAAUCCACACGCCGCCAACUUGAAAGGGAGCUUUUGCUUGAUGACAUAACACGAGUUGAAGACUUGCCUUCUUUCGGCCUUCUUACACGAUAGUUUAGCAGUUUGAGAGUUAACUGUUGUACCAGCAAGAUUUGUGCCGGAGGCAGGCACAUUGUCUUCUUUGCUUUUAUUUCCUUAGAUUACUAUUGCCGCCCGUCUUCUACUUAACCACUUUAACUAAAUGAUUUUAUGCAAGAAAUGGUCAUAGGAAUGGUUUGUUGAGUUUGUCAAGUUGCUUCUACUGGGAAAAGAAAAGAAGAAAAUCUCGAGUUUGUAAGGAUAAAAGCAUUAAUGUAUGAAUGAUUACGUUUAGGCUCCAAAUAGAGCAGAGCAGUUCAUAUGUUGCAUGUAUGGAGAAGCUAAAGUUCCCAGUGGUUCUACAGAGUCAUGUAGAUCACUUUCAUUUAGGUUUGAAUGUUUGCUACCAAUUUAUAAGGUAGAGGUUCAAAUGAUUUCAAUUUUAAAUACCAUAGCGUUGUGUGCCUUUUCAUUUUC